CAGGAGUCUCCCCUCUGCAAUGUGCCAGAGUCAGGCAGCUCUAGUGACCUCAUGCAGGACUCGGGGGGAGGAGGAGGAGGAGGAGGCGGAGUGGAAAGAAAGGCUGAAGCGCAGCGCUGAACUCUUACUGGGAGAGAGUGGGAUCUGUGCACUUAGGGAGGAAAGCACUAACUGAUCUCUCGAACUCCCUUCCAUCUGCCUCAGACACAGACUCACAAGCCCUGAACCCCUGCUCUCUCCUGCUCUUUGCCUGGCGCUGUACCAUUCUGGAACUGGCAGCAUUUAUUCUCUAACCCCCUUACUGGUUCAUUUUCCAUGGACAUUACUCUUUUAUAGCGGGACUUUCUGUUCGGUUGUUCUGUCGGGUCCUGAGAGAGUUCCGCGCAAUACUGAGCUAUGAUCCCGUUCCGCGCAAUGCAGUCUGGCGGGGCUGCCCCUGCUCCGCGCUCCUCGGCUCCUCUGCUACUGGCGCUGCUCUGUGCUGUCCUAGUACUGAGCGGGGCCACUCCGCCCCUCACCUAUCAGCGGUCGGGCCAGAAGGGCAAGAACUGGUGCGCUUACAUUAUCAAUAAGAAUGUCAGCUGCACAGUCAUGGAUGGGACGGAGAGCUUUAUUCAGCCUCAGUACAGAUGCGCCUGGAAUCAGAUCCACUGUCAGCCAACAAUGGCAUAUAGAGUGGGUUUCCGACCAAGAUACACCACGUCGUACAAAGUAGUCACAGAGUUGGAAUGGAGGUGCUGCCCUGGCUUUAAGGGGGUGGAUUGCAAAGAUGGUCCGUCUGAAGAGGCCAAGUCUAUUCCUCUACAGACCUCUAGGCCUGCUGCUGGCAGCAAAGAUACUGGCAACAAAGGCAUUGGGGGCAAAGAUAUUGGUACAGGUAUAAAUCGGCAAAAGCCACAGGAGGCCAAAGGCCAGUUGCAGGAACUGCAGAAUUUAAAUGAAGCACAAGAGAAAAAAAUUCAUUUCCUGGAAGAUGAAAUGCUGCGCCUGACCCAGACAGUGAUUGACAUGCAAACAUCCUUGGCAGGUGUGAAUGAGAACCUAAAGAUUACUAUUCAGGAGGAUGUGAGUAAGAAUCUAGUGUCAUGGCUCAACAACUUGCCACGGCCAGAAAGUUUCUCUGGUGGUAAAACCGAGACUAUUACUUUUCAAGGAUUUUCUGGAAGUACAGAAAAAGAAGAUGGCGUAAGAGACAUUAUUUCUGAAUUAAAUAGUAUGAAAGAAGCCUUACAGAGCAAAAGUCUUUUGAUUGAUAAACUAAAUGAAAAAUUAAAUGGUUAUGAAGAAAGUUUAAGGCAAUUCCAGGAGGCAUCACAUGGGCCUGCCCCUACAAUACACACUGUUAGUGCUCCAGAGAACUCUAUAGAGGAAAAAUUAGAAGCACUUAGAGAUGAAAUGCUAGAUGGAAUGGACAGAAAAAUGGCAGAUCUGAAAAAUUCUUGUGAUUAUAAACUAACUAGUGUUCAGCAACAAUGUGAGGACCAUGAGACCAGCUGUUUGGGUGUGAUAGAGCUGCUUAGGGAGAAAGAAACACAACUCAGAAAGGAAAUAAAUGCAGUAAAGUCCCAGGGAGGCAUACAAGGAAACGGUCAGAGCUGCUGCACAAAUAAUGGGGAUCUUGACAGUAAAAUAAAACAUUUAGAUCAAAAGGUUGAGAGAAUUUCUGAAGCACACAAGGUACUCAAUAGCAGGAUAGACAAUGAGAUACAGCGUAUAAACUCUCUAUCACCAGACAGUAUUUAUGAGGAAAGAUUGACUGAAUUGGAUUUUAAAAUUAACAUUACAGAGAAGAAUGCUGAGGAGCAUUGCUUUUAUAUUGAGGAGACACUGAGGGGGUUGAUUACCACAAAUUCCAAUGAAAUGAAGGAUCUAGAUACAAGACUGCAGAAAAUGGAAGAUGUUGUAUGGGACAUUGUGAAUGCAUCUUCUCCUGAUGUUGUGCAUUCCAGUGUUGGGUCAACAGCUCACCAUGGACCAGGAUCUGUCAGUGGACAUCUUGUGACUGAAAUAAGGGACCUGAAGGAUGCAGUGCAUCAACUCGAAGGCCAAAUGUUUUCAAUUUUGCACACUAAUGUAGACUAUUCAAACCAUAAUGAUGGACAUAAAGAAAAUGAUAAUUUUAUUCUUUUAAAAUCUUUGAAUGAUACAAUAAAUGAAAAGUUUGACCUGAUUCAGCUGAACAAAGUAGGCAUAGAAACAGUGAGGGGAGACUUGCAUAAACUAAACCAUAAACUGAAUAGUUAUGAAGAGGAUGUGAAUUUGUUAAAAGAUGGAGUGAGUCUGUUUAACAAUCAGAUACUGGAUAUCAAGGCUACUGUUAAAAAUACUGAAUCAGGACUACAUAAAAAAGUAGGGGAAGUUGAAAGACUUUGCAAAGAUACCUCAUACUCCGCAGCAAAUAAUGAAUGCUGUAGCGGCCUUCAGAGCAAAUUUGAACUACUGAGCAGUGAAAUAACUGCUGACAAAGGAACAUGUACCAAACAUACUCAGGGAAUUCAAAAGGAGAUGUCUAAUGUGGAUGCUAGACUCUCAAAGUUGGAGAACGUUUGUGGGAAGCUUGACACUAUCUCUGGCAGUAUGCAGAGGAUAAAAGAUGGCCUUAAUAAGCAUGUUACCAGCCUGUGGAACUGCAUACAUACAAUAAAUGGAACAGUAAAGUCACAUUCCAAUGACAUUUAUGGUCUAAAGAAUUCAGUCCAGGUGUUUCACAGCCAGGUCUCCAAAAUCACUUCUGAUCUUGACAAUCUGAUCAAGAGCCAACCGGCAGUAGGAAAUGAACCAGAGCAGACAUUUCAAACUAGAAUUACACCUCCACUCCCACCAAGAGAACCUCAAAAGCCAGCCUACCCCCAAGUUCCACAACAACCAGUUAUCCCACAAGACUCACAAAUCCCACAACAGCCUGUGAUACCACAAAUACCUCAGUACCCAACACAGCAUAAAGUAACAGAACCUGCAACACAACCAAAGCUACCUCAGAUGCCAAGUGGCUCAAAACCAAAUCAGCAACCAUCACAACCAAGGCAACCUUUCUUGCCAGACUCUUCAGUUAUCGUCAUCCCUGUGCAUCCUGGAAGCGAUGGUGUCAUUGUAGAGACUGGUCAGGCCGGCCCCCCAGGAAGAAUGAGCAAGACUGAAUCAAGACAGCCUCAAGGUUCAAAUGAGCAGGAAGCAAUCUUAAUGUCAACAGGCUCAGCAGCAAGAAUACUCAAGUCUGGAUCUCAACGGCCUCAUGGUGCGGAUGGACAACAAGAUAUGUCAGUUUCAAAAGGGUUUGCAGGAGCUCCAGGAUACCCGGAAAAACAUUUAAAUGCAAGAGAUCAAGCAAAAAGACCCGGUGCUUCAGCAUCACAAGAUCCUUUUAACAUCCCAGCAUUUUCAGAAGCACAAGAGAAUCUCAAAGUAUCUGCCUUUUCAGAAUCACAAGGAGCCACUACAACAACAACAGCUUUGAUUUCCUUCUCUGUUGGGCUGAAUGGAGACAGGGAGUCUUUUGAGGAUGGAGUCAUCCAGUUUAACAAUGUUUUGGUCAAUGAUGGAGAACACUAUAACCCAGAGACAGGUAUAUUUACUGCUCCUAUUGAGGGUCGUUAUAUGAUUACAGCAGUCCUCACCCCUGAACAAGACUAUCACGUUGAAGCAGUUUUGUCAGUGUCCAACAAAAGCGUGGCCCAGAUGGACACGUCUGGCUACAGAAGAGAAAGGCUGGAAUAUAACAAACCAGGGAGACCCAUAUGUGGGGGAGUAGGUACUUUCCAUCUCAUCCUGCAUCUGAAAUCUGGAGAUGAAGUCAGUAUUGAACAGAUCGGAGGCAAGCUCGCCAGCUCCAGCACUGAAGAAAUGUAUUCCACAUUCAGUGGGGUCUUUUUAUACCCUUAUUCUUCUUCUUACAGAUAAUUUAAUUCCAACAGAAAAGACAUUUAGGAAAGAUAUUCACUGUCAUUCAUUUGGGAGUGUUAAUAUAUACUAUUUACGAAUUACUUAUUUGUGAGCAGUUUUCUCUUUAUUCUGUACCCUGAUGUAUUUAUAUCACCAUGGCUAUAAAUGUCUGCUUUGUGCUCAGUAUUAGCAACAGUUUCCCAAACACUUUGUUAUAACACAACAUAGUGCACUGUUAAGGAAUGUAAGAGGCUUUUUUUUAUUCAAUUGAAGAUGUUCUUUUAUAUGUAAUUAUAUAUUUUUUAAAUUAUCCAGAACUUUUUUAUGCAAGUGCCAACAAUAUAGUAUUAUGUCUGAUAUUGCAUUCUUCUCACUCUGAUUUACCCUUGUAGCCAAUGCCUUUUCCAGGUUGGUCCUUGCUGUUUUCAAAAGCAUAAGAGUAUAAAGGGUGUGCCUUUUCAAAUAUCAUACCUCUGCUGUGCAGUAGCAGCCAAUCAGCACUUGUGUUUAACUGAUCUAGAGAUGAAAUUAUAAUGGAAAACAUUUGAUUGGUCCCUGACAGUCAUUGGAUCAGACUGAAGAAUGAGUGAACCUGUGUUCAGUGGGGUGAAAUGCACCAAACAGCACAGAGCCAAACUGAACUUUCUAAUUUAUCUGGAAUGAGUAUACAGGUAUGGGACCCGUUAUCCAGAAUGCUCGGGACCAGGGGUUUUCCGGACAAGGGGACUUUCCGUAAUCCGGAUCUCCUACCUAUAAAAAAUUAUAUAAACAGUAAUUAAGCCCAAUAGGAUUGUUUUGGCUCCAAUAAGGAUUAAUUAUAUCUUGUUUAGAAUCAAGUACAAGGUACUGUUUUAUUACUACAGAGAAAAAGGAAACCAUUAUUAAAAAUGUGAAUUAUUUGAUUAAAAUGGAGUCUUUGGGAGAUGGCCUUUCCGUAAUUCGGAACUCUCUGGAUAAUGGGUUUCCGGAUAAUGGGUUUCCAGAUAAGGGGAGCUGGCACAAGGUACAAUGGCCAAGCUUUGUCAAAAUGAAUUACUCAUUUUACUCAAUCCAGCAUUGCGGAGGCCCCUAGUGCCAAUCAGGUCAAUCCAAAUAUCCUUACUAUGAACUAUAACCCCCCAGCAUCUUCAGCCAAAGGGAAUUGUAUUUUAGGAAACAGCAAGGAGGGCGAGCAUAUGUUUUCCAUGGCUGCCCUAAUCUAAUCUGUGGAAACAAACAGAAGCUUGUGCAUGUUAUUCAAUAUUUUGUAUUUACUGUAUUGAGGCAUCAGGUAUCUACUGUAUAUGGGAGAAGAGAUUGUACUGUACAUGUGCUGUUUGCUUAUAUUUUAAAUCUAUUUUCUUCUAGAGAUUCUGUGGUAGAAAUCGGUGAUCACAAUGGUUUAUUUGAAUGUUCCCCUCUUGCAUUACAUUGGAAACAACUGCCUUCUGUAACCUAACAAACCCACAGACAUGUUUCAGAAGUAAUAAUAAUGCUCUGUUACCCUUCAUGUCUUUGAUACUCUCCAUUUAUAUUAGAAUCUCCCUCUUGCCUACACUGGGUGUAAUACAACCAAUUAAUUAAAGGCUACCCCCUCACUGCACUUUAUUAAAAAAUAUAUAUAUAUAUAUAUGUAGAGAGAGAGAUGGAUCAUUAUUAUUUCUUUUGAUUAUGGCAAGAAAGCUUCAUGAUUGCACAACUGAGAUACUACUGCACCCCCAAAUCCAAGAAAAAACUUGGGUAAAUCACCAUUAUGUCAUACACCUGCAACACAUGUAUUAAGGCUUAUUUGAUUCUUUACAUUAUUCUGUAGAAACAUGGAGCAUGGAUCCAUGGGUGCUGUAAUGAGUGGGACACCCAUGCAAACUUUUUAGUGGGUGCAAAAUGCAGCCCUUAGUGUGCAGUCACUUUGUGGCUUCCCUGAAACCUUCUUGCUUGUCUGUGAUUAAUAAAGUCCAAAGUGCACUCAAGCCCUCCCUAAAUGAAUGUAUGUUUUUGGGGUUGUCUAGAUAAUAUAUGUGUUUGUUUUAAGAUACCCACCACUGUGAUUUAACUGCCUGCUUUGCCUCUUUGUGCCAAACACUCUGUAUAGUUCUCUCUUAAGGAACCCUUUUUUCUAACCUCUAACAAAGCAGUUACACUUCUACAUGGCUAUGCAUUUCCUGUGGGUUUUUUUUACUUGUCAAAUUGGAAUGACUAUAAACUAUUUUAAAUAUUAAAGAUUUGACUAUUUUACAACUCA